AUUCACAGCAAUUUGACCGUGGUUCUUCGAAAACCACAAUCUCCAGAUAGCAAUUGAUCGCAACGCGUUGCUUCCCUUCGCUGAUGGUGGAUAGCCGCCGAAGCGCACGCGCAAGGGACGACGGCGCAAGGCUCCACGCAGCGACGCAGGAGGAUUACUUCCUUCCGUUCAACUUCAGCCCCGUCGACAAGUGCACGGCGCUCACCGCCUGCAUCGACGACGGCAGGUGUCACCGCGUCAGCAAGGGCGCUCCGGAGCAGAAGCAGAUCAUGACCCUGCGCAAGUGCCAAGAGGAUGUCACGAACAAGGUGCACGCCACCAUCGACAAGCAUGCUGAGCGAGGCCUCGCCGUCGCCAGACAGGAAGUGCCGGAGAAGCGCAGCAAGGAGGACGACGGCACCGGCGGUCCGUGGCAGUUCGUCGCCCCGCCCCUGCUGCCCCUUCUCGACCCGCCGCCUACGGAGGACAACGGCGGAAGCGCACAGGCGAGGCCCGACGUGGCGACUUCCAGCAAGAAGAAGGAAGAGAGACAAAAUAGCGCCUAUAGCGGUGCCGCCAACAUGACACGGAAACGGCCAUGCCGCCAUCGGGUCCCUGACAGCAUCACCGCCGUGCAGCACGAGCGCCUCGAGGCACUCGGUGCAACAAAGCCGCCGCGAUUGAUGAUCGGGAAGUCGCUCAUGGCGAGCGACGUGGACCCAAAGCAGGCGCGCCUGCUCUUCUCGUCGAAGCGCGACUCGCUGUCGCAGGUGACCCGCGUCUUCACCCAGACGGAGAUGGGACUCGUCAGGGACAGGGCCGGGCUGCUCGUCACCGCGUUCGACCGCGACGGCAGGAGCUACCACCUCACGUGCAAGUACCUCGAAUCUAACUCCGGGUACCGCUUCAUCGCCGGAUGGAAAGCGUACGUCCAGGACAACGGCCUUGGAGCGGCCAUGCGCGUGGACCUGUGGUGGUUCCGGUCCCGGAAGCUACACAACCGGUACGAGCUGCGCGACGGGAAGGAGAAGGUCCCCUUCACCGUGGACAGCGGUCACCCCGAUGGCUCCUUGGGCCUCGUCCUGCUGCACUACGAGAACGACCUGCCGCUGCCGCUGCCGCUGCCGCUGCCGCUGCCGCUGCCGCUGCCGGAGCGAGCCGUCGAGGCGCCGCCGCCCGUCCAGGAGGCGGAGACGAGGCACAUGGAGUCUAAAACGACGAAUACCGAAGAGGAAGUAAAUGCCGCGAUAGGGUUGUUGAUGCUGAGCCAGAACGAUGACCGAUCGCCGAGGAGCAUGAAGAGGACGAGGAGGACACGGAAGUGAAUAGGAGGAGAUCCAUGAAUGCCAUGGGAUUUUUCCCCAUGGAUCUCAUCCAACUCCCUUGUCACCAGACCGGCUGAUCGACCAAUUAUUUAGUCUUGUCUCUUGUUUCGUAUUUCCCUCCGGUAAUAAGAUUUAAUUGUCGUUUUGAUGUGUGGAGCUA